AAUUGUAAAAUGCAUUGAGAAAAACAUUUAAAAGCCCGAAGCUUCAUUUGAACACUCCCAGUGAUACUUAGAGGAAUCAACAUGAAAGCUGUUUUGGCCUUGGCGGCAGUACUCCUCGUGCUCCAAAACAGGAUUGUCUCCGCCAAUAGAUAUAUUCCAGCGAUUGCCGCUGACCUCUUUGAAGCAACUUUUAAUCCCAGUGGAUUUUCGGUGACUCCCAGUGGUGACGGCUGCAUUAACGCGUUCACUAGUUCUGUUCGGUGGGACAUUGCCGAUACUGCGGCAGACAUUCGCCAUGCAUUGGAAAUUCACGAAACCGCCGCUCUGGCAAAUAAUGGCAACUUUGUUCAGUUGGAAGAAAAAUUCGUUAUCAAUAUAAACUACUGUGCCGCACAUGGCACACACAAUGCAAAAUAUGAUUGUUACGUGUCGGAGAUCUAUGAUACGGUCCGAGUAGUUAAGCCUCUAAACCAUAAUCAUAUCUUAGUUGACAGGCGAAACAUAUUAUUCUGCUUAGAAAAGCUAACCAGUCGUUUAGCUAUCGAAUUUGGGAAAUUGAAAGUCUGCUUAUUGGGAAACCCGGAAGUAACAUCACCGGAACCGCAAUCUUCGUCAGACUCUCCGACCUCUUCACUGAGCACCGAAGCAGAGUAUACUGAAACCUCUGAUUCUUCUGAUGAGACUACGGAGGCCUCUUCAAUAAAUCCAUGAUAUGCAAUUGUUUAAAAGCAUAUGUGUUAAAAAAUGUACUAUAUUUCCGUAAUAAAACGUGCAUUACCAUUUCA